CUCUUCUUGUCCCUCUCUCUCUUGCUGUCUCUCUCUUGUCUUUUUGUCCCUCUCAUUGUCUCUCCUCUCUUUUGUUGGAAGGACUGAGAGUGAUGUGACAUAUAUUUGAAAGACGACUCUGUUAUUUAACCGUAUGCUUAAAGUUCCAUCAGGUGAACGUAUAGACACAGCUUGUUGAGAUGUUGGAGUGACUCAUAGUUCAGAGGUGAGGGAGUGAACGGGGCUGAGUCACGUGGAGUCCGUUCUCUCGCUGUGAGUCGUAUAAAUAGGGACGCUUCGUCGGCCAUCGUUGGAGACGAACCUUCUGGUCACAAUUAGGUGAGUUACAUCUGCACUACAGCACACAAUGAUAACAGGUCUGUUUUAUCAUCUUUCUUUCUUUUUGUCUUUUCUUUCUUUCUUUUUGUCUUUUCUUUCUUUCUUUUUUGUCUUUUAUCUUUUUAUUUCUUCUUUGUUUUCUUUCUUUCUAUCCACCAUUUAUUUCCUUGUAGACUUCAUCGAUUCAUUAAUUCUCAAAUAAAGAAUUAAACAAAUACCUAAACGUUGUGAGACAAGAAAUGUCUCAUAACGGCACACAACCGAUAACACACACACACUCACACACACACACUCUCUUCAUCCGGGUCUGAGAAACCUACAGAGAAAGUAUAAGAAGGAGAACUUCGGUAUGCAGCAGUUUGAGCGUAAGAAUCUGGUUAUUAAACUAACGUUGAGGCAUAAAGAUAAUGCCAAUAAGAAUAACGACAACAAAAAUGAACAAUGAAUAGUAUUAAGAGCUUAAUUUCAUCAAUUGAUCGGAGUGUUCAAUGUUGCUUUUUUAGUCUUUUUUUCUCUCUCUUUUGUUUCUUAUUGUCUUUUCAUCCUUUCUUUUGUUAAGGUAUCCACCAAACACAUCCGAGACACACCCCUCCCAACCUCACCUCUGUAUUUAUUUCCUUGUAGAGUUCAUUCAUUUAAUUAAUUGACUUGUCAAAUAUAGAAUUAAACAAAUACCGUGAACAUUGUGAGACAUUGUGAGACUGUGACACCAUCUCACACCUCUCACAGGAAGUGACGCUCGGAGCCGUUCUGUGAUUGAAGCUCCUGCUGACAUUGCUACAGGCUUACUGUGGUUUCCACCACUGACUGACAUCUAUGCAGCAUGACUCUUCCUGGAAGCUGCUCUGUGACGACAGUGUGAAGGCCGACCCGGUCCUCCAGAGCCCACCUGAAGCUCACCUCACCUGGACUCAGCUGUGGAGAGUACAGGCCACGCAGAACCAGAGACACAUGGCAGCACGCAGGGCAUCCCACCACUCUACCCAAGAAGAAUACUAUGCCAUGAGGAAUCAAAUUAUAUGUGAGGCCCAACAAGAUAUAAUGGAGCCGGACGCUUGCUUCCAGAGAACCAGCAUCAGAGCUCUGAGAGCGACAGACCUGUCAUUCAACCCGUCUCCCAGUAGAACCAGUGCAGAGUGCCCAGUGGAUCGCUCCGGCCCUCGAGCCUCGCAGCUACUCUCACGACCGGACACGACCGGAGACGGAGGUGCCGACCACCAGAGAGGACUUCACGCUGCUCCGGAGAUCAAGGUCCACGAUCUAAACACUCUAAAAGCAGAAGUUGAUCUCAUGGGCUCUGUCUGCCCGAAAAAAGACCCGAGCCACUCGCUCCGAGACUACCUCAGAAGAGUGGCGCAAGCAGUGCCUCGCUGGUUGCUGAACACCGAAGGAGCCGCUCUGUAUCUGCGUAAAGAAUACCUGAUCCGAGCCUUACCGGGACAAACUGCUCUCGACGUGGUGGACUUAGUGACCACGACCAUAGGAGAUGAGUCCUGUGACAUCCUGGAAGAAGAAGCUAAAGCCAACCUGAAGUCGGGUCAAACCACCCUCACUCUAGUGUGGCAUGAAGUCCAAGAGGACAUAGCCAGAGAACAACAGAUAGUGUUGAUGGAGAGAAUAUGCCUGAACAUCCCUGGAGGAAGAAGAUUAGCUUAUGAGCUGAGAAACCUCGACACAGAGGAGAUUGGGGAGAGGGUUCAGGCGUACGAUAAAAUAACUUGUCACCUUUUGAAGGUGAAGAAACGGCGCAAAGCUAACGGGUCAAAGAGUCAACCGAGAUGGAACGACUUGCAGGAAGAUGAUGUGUUUCAUGAAUAGCGUGAGGAGUACAGCUCACCUGAAACUAGAGGCCCCUCGAGGUCCUACAACCAAAACCAGAGACCACCCCAGGACCA